GUGCCUUGAAUAGAGUGAGACACUGCCGGAGGACUAACACACUCCUGAGCUGCACGCAGUCAAACAGGACUGUACAGCUCUCCCUGAACCCGCCUCGCAUUCACUCUUCGUUGACAUCGGAAUGGCGAGUAAAUCCUGGAUGACACUGAUGCUGCUCUUAUUAAUAACGUGGCCGGAGAGCACGAGUUGCGAUGGACAAACUGAUCCUCCUGAGGACCUUGUGAUAUCAGACCUUGGUCAUCUUGGACAUCUCCAGAUUAGAUGGAGCCCCCCAGCCAGCUUCAUGAAUAUGACAGAGUGCUCCAAGCUAUAUCAGCUGGAGUAUUUCAACACAUACAAGAACAGCUGGACUGCUAUCAGGACUGUGCAACCGGAGCACCUUGCCCAGUUUGAUCUAAUGAAAGAGGUGAGAGUGAGAGUGUACACCUUGCUGACUGGACCCUGCAUCGGCGGCACUAUGGUCAAGAGCACGCGCUACACUGAACUGGUCCAGAAACCUUCCAGCACAGGUGUUGCAGGAACUGCAGUCCAGGAUUUUGUCUGCGUGUACCAUAACAGGCAAUACCUGGAGUGCAACUGGGGAGGAAACCCAAAGAUGCCUGCCAACUCCCGACAAAAUCUGUAUUUCUGGCACAAAGGGCUGAAGCAGGCAGAUGAAUGCCCGAAAUAUCUUAUUUCGGACGGAACCAGGAGCGGCUGCAACUUCACAGGAAACUCCCUCCCGGAGUUCUCUGAUAUAAACUUCUGUAUAAAUGGCUCCUCUCCUGAAGGCCCCCUGAAAACUACAUUCUUCUCCUUGCAAAUCCAAAACAAAAUGAAGCUUGAAACUACAGAGGAGCUGCAUCUGGAAACAGGUCCAGGCAAGCAACUGAAACUGCACUGGGAAGCUCCCGUUUGGAACAGUCCUGGUCAUUGUCUUGAAUGGGAGGUGGAACACAAACAAGAGGGACCCAAUGGGAAAAUUGCUACGAAGCAGAUUUCAACCAAGCAGAUGAGCCUCACUCUGCCCUUCGAACACGACAGUCAGAGAAACUGCUUCAGGGUUCGGUCCAAGGUGAACAAAUAUUGUGCAGAAAGGAGCUUUUGGAGUGAGUGGAGCCGUCCGAUAUGUCACCCAGAGAAUAAAGAAGUGGCACCUGAACCAGGAUGGGACAUGGUACCUAUCUAUGUAUAUAUCGCUGUUGCCAUCACCGCUAUACUGGUGCUGUCUCUGUGUGUGGGGCUAGUUUUUAGGAGGAUCUCCAGACGAGUGAAGAAGCCGGACUCUCUGCUCACCAACCUCUUUACCAGGAAUGCAGUAGGCUCAGCGAGGGAGGCCUAAAAGACAAGAAAACAUGCACCUUCAUCGCUCUCAAAUACCACCUCUGUCCAAUGUUUUUUUUGUAGAAUUAAACCUCUCUCAUUUGUCAGGGUUUCUUAUUUAAAAUCACACAAUGAAGCUUUGAGAGAUGCCACACGGUCAACGCCUGAGAUUGUAACCCCUGAGGGCUGAAGGUUACAGCAGGUCACUUCAUAUAGGCUCCAUGUUACAAAUAGUAUUCUAUCAAUCCAACAUAAUGUACUGUGCUAGCCUUUCAUUUGCCAAACGCUUGAAUUCAUAGGAAAUAUCAUGCUUACUGGAAUUGUAUAUUUAUAAUUGUUGUUUAUUCAUUGUUGGCUGUUUACUUUCUGCCAAAACACUUGCAAAUUGAUUUAGUACGAAGAUUUGUUGCGUUCGGGAGAAAUUAAGUAGUUGUUUUGAUAAAGGGUUUACUUUGUGCCUCAACUCUUGCCAAAUAGUUCAGAAUUAUACAGAAUUAUUUUAUGAUGUCUAAUUCCAAUAUACCAGGAUGAUAUGUUUGAUGUGUUUUUGGACGUAUGGUUUACUUCUUGUGGUUUUUUGUAUUAACAAAAGGCCGACCAAGCCACUGGAUAUCAGGAGUGUUUUUUCUAAUUGAUUGUAUUGCCUAUUUUAAAUUAAGCAUACUGUUGAAGACACUAUGAGUUGUAGUUUUGUGAACUGUGGAUAUUUAGUGGAUGAUAGCAGCUCAACCGGCUGAAAUCUUCACUUCAAUAAAAAGUUUCCUUGAAAACUUAAAUCACUGAAGUUAAACAGUUUUUAUCGUCUGUUGACAGAAGAAAAACAUUUAGAGGUAAUUUAGAAGAAAAUGGUUCUGUAAAAAUAUAAGAUGACAUCUGCAUAACCUUGUCUGUCACGACUGAAACAGCUGGAAAUACUUUAUAAUCUAUAUGUUUUCUUUGAUGUAUACGUGUCGUGAUAUAUUUGUAUGAACAGGAACAGUGAUAACACUCUGCUGCAAUAUGCGCACAAUGUUUCUGUCGUGGUCUAGUUGCGUUUUCACAGAAUCUAAAUAUUUGUACAAUUUCAAUACCAGCUAUGGAACAACAAUCUCAAUGUCAUACAGUUUCAUUUGUAUGAAAUUAAAUUUAAAGUGUCUUGAAAUCCCUGUGGUAGGCAGCGGCUCUCAUCUAAACUUCACAGUUGUCUAUGAUUUCCAGGUGUAACAACAGAUGUUGAAAUAUCAUGCACUUCAAAUGUUUUUCAUAUGCAAAUAGCAUUUGUCAACUGUGACAUACUUGCAAGUAGACAGAAAUAGCAGAGUAAGGGAAGAAUCAGAAUUGAUUCUUAUUUAUUUAGAGUGCAUGACACAAAUUAUCUUUUAUGAUGAUAUAAAAUGAUCAAGAUAACCUGCUUUUAGAGUGUAUAUGUAGGAAGACUUUAUUUUUGCUGCCGUUGCCCUCUAGUGUUCAGACAAUCUAUUGCACCCAACACGUUCUUAGAUGAAAUAAGUGUCAUUUAU